AUGGCGCGCAAAACGGACCCCAACCGAAAAGUGAUUCGCCGGAGUCGCGGUGGUUGUCACCGCUGUAAGGGCGCCAAAAUCAAGUGCGACGAAACCAAACCAACCUGUGCCAAUUGCGAGAAGGCCGGGGUGGCCUGUGACUACUCGCUCAAGCUCAUGUGGGGCGGCCGACAGAGCAAACCCAAGGGCUCGGGAGAGUCCAUUCUCAGCUUCUCAGAUACCGGGGGAGAUACCGCUGCCAGUGACACAAACACAGAUCCCGCGGCCGCCAGCGACACCAGCAGCAGCGGGUUUGUAUCAUACGACCCCAAGGCCAAGAAGCAGAAGAAGAGCUCGCAGAAGAAGGCCGCUCCGCAACAGCCACCGGCCAGCACAUCGCUCACCAACCACUACGUGUCCAAACGCAUCCAGGACAUUGACACAGUAUUCCAGGCUGCUCCGGCCCAAAAGAAGGUGAAACUCGAUAAGUUCAUUAUCAAUAACGGCCGCCGAAAUUUGCCACCACAGCCAGCACAAGUACAGCAACAACCGAUACAACAGCAGCAACAUCACAAACACCAUGCAUCAAUGUCCACGUCCAUGUCGCCACCAAACUCGUUUCUGUCCACGUCACCGACGUUCUUGUCUACAUCCCCUCAUGGCAUCUACCAGAACCCCAACCUCAACAUAAGCCAUGGAUCGAGUAUUGGAAACGGCAUGACCCAUGACAGUCCGGACUCUACAGCCUCGCUGAGCUCCUAUGGACCCGUCUCUCCAGCCGCAAACGCGCCUUGGAGAUCGCCAGUGCCUUCUACCACCUCUCCAUUCAGAAGCCCUGCCACCGGCUACACCCAGCCUGUCUUACCAUCCACUACCACCCCUUCCACUGAGGUUAAGGAAGAAGACAACCUCGAAAUGGACAUUGACCCUUCACCAAUCAGCCUGGACUCCUUCUUUGGCCCGGGCUUCGACGACCUCGACUUCUCACGCGACCUCGACAUUGUCGAAGAAACAUACCCCGAAAUGUCACGUGACCGCGCGCCUGCGUUCUACAGCGCACUCAUCAAGUCUGCGGGCUCGCCAUUUUAUGAAGGAGCGCCCACGACCUCUUCCACGUCGUCAGGCUCGUCGGAAGAAGAUGACGAUAGAAUCCACUCCAUCCCUACUAACCCUCUGUUUGCUCCGGAUUUAUUGUUGGAGAUUCCCUUCUACAGAGACCUGUUCCAGUUCUACUUCCAUAGAACUGCUAAACUACUUAUUCCAACACCGGACAUUUACUACAAUAACCCGUUCAUGACAAUUCUUCCCCGAAUUGCCCUAUCCACGCCCCACUUGUUGUCUCUGCUUCUGGCUUAUUCUGCUUCUCACCGAGCGAAGGUCCUAAAACAGGAGAUGCCCAGUGAGAUGAUUGGUAACCUGCUUGGCCGGACGUUCAAGGGCCUCUCGGUGUGCCUGGAGGACAAGAAGGAGGCAAUGAGCGAUUCCACGCUCGCCACUGCCAUCAUGCUGUGUUCGUUUGAGAUUCUUAGCGAAACGGGUGCAAGUAGUUGGAAAACGCAUUUGCAUGGCGCUCGAGAAAUUGUCAUGGGUCGGGGAAUCAUCCGUCAAAAGACACAGGCGAUGGCUGCUCAAGAGGCCGAAAUGGAUGCCAAAAAUAGCAGUAAUCCUUUGGCGCUGCUGAAUGGCUCAGAUGUGUCUGAGACUGAUGUGGCGUUCUUCCUCCUGCGAUGGGUCGCGUACAUUGACGUACUGGGCGCUCUUUCCAGUGCCAGAGCAACGUCGGUUCUUGAUGGCCAGAACCAGAACAUUUCCGAAAUGUGGUCUGUGUCCUCUUGGAACCGAGCGCGUGCCAAGAGUAUGGUUUCGGGCCAGUGUGCAGACACGCUGUUGCCGGACGACCAGAUUGACUUCUUCCUGGGCUUUGACGUGGCUAUGGUGCCUGCAUUUGCCAAAAUUGCAGAUCUGUCGCGCCAGCGGCGGCUCAUGGGCUCACGCGACCCUUCACGUGAAUUUUUGAACGAGGCCCGGUCCAUUGAGGCUAUAGUUAAGGAGUGUCAUACAGGUGGACAGCGGAGACGUAUCAGGUUGCUCAGUGAUAGUCUGCACAAUGAUAUCCUUGCAUCCACGUCUCUGAUGAACCCCAGUCAGCUCCAGGGCAACUACACGACUCUGUGUGCUGUGAACUCUGCCUUUUGUUUUGCGGCUUUGAUUCACCUGUACAGGCGAGUAUUGCAUCUGCCCCAGAACUCGCUGCCUGUUUUGGAGGCCAUUGAGGGUCUGACAUUGAUUUUGGAGCGAGAUAUUCCUCCAUCUAGUGGUGCAGAAAUGUGCCUGUCUUUCCCCAUUUUCUCAGCUGGAUGUGAAGUUCCUGCAGGAGAUCUGAGAGAGCGGUUCAAGAAGCGUAUGUUGAUGAGCCGCACGGCGGAGCAUACAUUGAUUACCAAGGCCCAGUUGAUUAUUCAAGAGUGUUGGAGGACAGGAGAGAGUUGGACGAAGUUGAUGGAGGAUAGGGGCUGGAAUCAAGUGAUUAUGUAG